GUGAAAAUGAUGAAUAAGUCGGAUUGCAGGAUCCUCGCUGUGAUCCUUAUCCUGGUGCUUUCGGUAUCGGUAACAGCAGGCAGUGGGGGAGAUGUACCCCUGCGAUGCGACGAGUACGAUUCGAUGGGAUUUAUGGACGUGAACGAGGCCUUUUGCACGGUAACAGGAUUCACGGUCACGCACAGUCAGAAUAUUGUGAUCAAGAACAUUCCGCCGGGAAAUAUGGUCAAGUUCAUGAAAUUCUACGAGUCUUCGCUGCUCUACAUGCCCUUCCACCUAUUCGAAACGUUUCCACAUCUCAAGACCCUGGACGUCUCGAAUACGAAUAUAUUGGAGCUGACGAGGAAUGCCUUCAGUGCGGCCAGCAACCUGACCUAUCUGAAUCUGGCCUACAACAACCUGACCUCAAUUCAGACUUCGGUGUUUAUUGGAGCCAAUGUCCUGAUGCGCCUGGAUUUGUCCUACAACGAUAUCACUUCACUGAGUGUGAAUGCCUUUUGUGGCCUUCACACCAUCAGUCAGAUCUUCCUCACGGGCAACCGGCUCAAGGAGUUGCACACCGACAUCUUCAAGGAUAACGAGUACCUGGAGAAGGUGUCCUUAGAGGGCAAUCUGCUGACCACCAUUCAGCCGGAGGUAUUCCGCAAUAUGCGUCGAAUCAAGGAGGUGAAUCUGUCCAACAACCAGUUGAUCUACAUCCAUCCGGACACCUUUGCGGAGGCUGCCAGCCUGGAGAAUCUGGUGCUGUCCUACAACCAGCUAAGGAAUUUCCAGCUCACCGAGAAGAACAUCGUGCACCAGCUGCACUUGGACAACAAUCACUUGACCAAUCUAACCAUAAAUGCCACACGAUUCGUCCGGGCCAGUCACAAUAACAUAUCGGAGCUUAUCCUGCACCAGAGUCUGCAUAUCGAGACACUCGACUUGAGUGCCAAUCGGCUGACCAGUAUCUCGAAUAUAACAAACAUCACCUACAUGCUCUAUCUGGAUGUCUCAGACAAUCCCAUCGGACCCCUGAAUAUCUCAACUUUCGCACAGCUCAAGCGACUCAGGGGACUGAAUCUCCGGGGCACUGGCAUCCGGGAGCUCAAGUUUGGAAUGUUCUCAAAGCAAAAGUAUUUGGAGGAGCUGGAUUUGUCGUUCAACAACCUGACCACCCUCAACCUGGAUAUGUUUGUGCCGUAUUUGACAAAUCUCAAGAAGUUCCUAGUGGAUGGCAAUGAACUGACGGAGCUGCAGGGCAAUCGCUCCUUCUCGGACACCUUUCCCCAGCUCCAGAAAUUGGGGGUUUCUCGGAACCGCUUCAAUUGCUCCUACCUGCAUCACCUGCUCAUCCCGCCAUCACUGCCCGAGUCUGUGGUGCUGAACAUUGAGCCGGACAACAAUCUGGAAGAGACGCCGCACAUCCGUGAUGUCUCCUGCAUCAGUCGGUCCCAGGAGUCCCUCAAUGCCACCUUCUCCGCCGAGGAAUCUGCUCUGGAGUCACACAUACAGAGGCUGUCCAAGCAGCUGGAAAUAGUCGGAUCCCAUUCGAGGAAUCUCGAACUGCACCUGGCCUUCAUGCAGGUCUUUGCCUACGUUCUAGGUGGAAUUGUUCUAGUGGCGGGGGUGACUCUGAUAACAUUACGAUAUCUAAAAAAUCAGCGAUCGGGAAGAUAUGAUCGGAGCAGCAUCGUCUUUCACUCGAACGCCACCAUGGAUGCUACCAUGACCUUGGACAGUGAUCAGUGAUUAAUCGGUUAUUCGGAAUUAAACUAGAAUUGCUUUUACAAAUGUACAAAUGCAUACAUUAUCCCCUUUUUUUUAUUUAUCAAGUAACUUUAUUUUGAAAUGCUCAGAAGUCUGAAAGAAAAUAAUGCAAUAUUAAAUAUGAAAAUUCCUUUUUUAAUGGUAACAAAGUUUAAUAAUAUGUUAAUAGAUUUAAAACAAAUAGGCAUAGGCUCUGCAAACAAUGAUCUGUUCAUAAAAUGCAUGUACGUUUAAAUACUGAAAAAUAAAGAAAUUUCAAUAAAAAGAAAACAAUAUAAAACCCGGAAAAAGAUAAAGGGAAGAGAGCGAUUUAUUUGCAGUACAGUUUAUCUGAAGUGACGUUGACUUCUAUGUCCAGAGAUCGUACUUCCUGUAUGCCACUGGGCUUUGAUAAUUUAGAGAUGUAAGACCUUGAAUAAUAUCCAAACAGAUCGGCAAAGUAAACAUUAAUAACAGUCAUAUUAGUCAGAAAGAUAUACAUGUUUAUACCCUCGCUGGGUAUUAUAAUUACAUUCAGAAGCUUGUAACGAUGUGAAGAAAUGA